UUUCCGAGUUCCUUAGGUUAGAGGGAGGUUUGGGUUCCAGGUGGGCUGGGAAAAGUGGGUUUUAAUAUUUAUUUAUAAUUAUAGUCAUGGGGAAGAAACAUAAGAAGCAUAAGGCGGAAUGGAGAUCAACAUCUGCCCCGAGUGUUACUGCUACUGGAACUGGCGCUAGUGCUUACGACGAUUAUAUGGACAAACCUUUGGAAAAGCCAUUGAAAUUGGUGCUAAAAGUUGGAGGUAGUGAAGUGACUGAACUUUCAGGAUCAGGACAUGAUUCCAGUUAUUAUGAUGACCGAUCAGAUCAUGAGAGAGAACGACAUAAGGAAAAGAAAAAGAAAAAGAAAAAAAAAUCAGAGAAAGAGAAAGAAAAACAUCUUGAUGAAGAGGAAAGGCGAAAGAGAAAGGAAGAGAAGAAGAGAAAAAGAGAGAAGGAACAUUGUGAUACUGAGGGUGAAAUGGAUGACUUUGAUCCAGGAAAAAAAGUGGAAGUUGAUCCACCCUCUGAUCGUCCAGUCCGGGCCUGUAGAACUCAACCCACAGAAAAUGAGAGCACUCCUAUUCAGCAAUUAUUGGAACAUUUCCUUCGUCAGUUACAGAGGAAGGAUCCUCAUGGUUUUUUUGCUUUUCCAGUUACGGAUGCUAUUGCUCCUGGCUAUUCCAUGAUAAUAAAACAUCCUAUGGAUUUUGCUACCAUGAAAGAAAAAAUUGCAGCAAAUGAGUACAAGUCAGUAACAGAAUUCAAGGCAGAUUUUAAACUGAUGUGUGACAAUGCAAUGACUUACAACAGACCAGAUACCGUGUAUUACAAACUGGCUAAAAAGAUUCUCCAUGCUGGCUUUAAGAUGAUGAGCAAACAGGCAGCUCUUUUGGGCGAUGAAGAUCCAGCUGUUGAAGAUCCAGUGCCCGAAGUUGUUCCUGUGCAUGUAGAGACUACCAAGAAAUCCAAAAAGCCAAGUAAAGAAGUUAUUAGCUAUAUAUUUGAACCGGAAGGAAAUGCAUGCAGUCUGACAGACAGCACAGCGGAAGAACACGUCCUGGCCUUGGUAGAGCACGCAGCAGAUGAAGCACGAGAUCGGAUCAACCAGUGUCUACCAAAUAGCAAGAUAGGUUACCUGAAAAAGAAUAAUGAUGGAUCUUUGAUCUUCAGUGUACUCAAUCCAUCAGAUCCUGAAACAGAAGAGGAGGAAAGCCAUCCAGUGGAUCUGAGCUCUCUAUCUAGCAAAUUAUUACCGGGUUUUACAGCAUUAGGCUUUAAAGAUGAAAGAAGGCACAAAGUUACAUUUCUUUCAAGUGCUAAUACAGUGGUUUCAAUGCAAAACCACUCUAUCUUUCAUGAUCUGAAAAUGGAUGAAAUGGAGCUGCUGUAUUCAUCAUAUGGAGAUGAGACUGGGAUUCAGUGUGCUUUAAGUCUUCAAGAAUUUGUGAAAGAUUCUGGAAGCUAUAGUAAAAAAAUAGUAGAUGAUUUGCUGGAUCAGAUCACUGGUGGAGAUCAUUCCAAGUCUAUUUAUCAACUAAAACAGAGAAGAAACAUUCCAAUGAAGCCACCAGAUGAUCUCAAAGUUCCAUCAGUCCUCAUAAAAGAAGAACAUAAGUUAUGUAAUACUUGCCCAGAUGACUCCAAGCAAAAUAUGAUUGGAGAAGCCAUUGGAGAUAAUAAUAAUUCUGUUUUGGACUUUUUAUCUAUGAAAACUUAUUCAGAUAUGUCACUUGAUAUAUCCAUGUUGAGUUCAUUAGGUAAAGUAAAGAAAGAAGUUGAUCAUGAUGACAAUCACUUACACUUGGAUGAAACAACUAAAUUAUUACAAGACCUUCAUGAGGUACAAACCGACCGAAUAGGAUCCAGGCCUUCCUCCAACCUUAGUUCCCUCUCUAAUGCUUCUGAAAGGGAACAACAUCACCUAGGAAGCCCAUCUCACCUAAGUAUAGGAGAACAGCAAGAUAUGGUCCAUGACCCCUAUGAAUUUCUUCAAUCUCCAGAAUCUACAAAUGCCAAUAAUUAAUCUCAGAUAUACUGUACAUAUUAACCAUAUAACAGUUAAUAGAAUCCCAUGAAACAGUACGCAUUUUAACCCCAACCUUCAAAUAAGAAUUAAUGUUUAGUAACAUGUAUACAUUUUGGUCGGAUAAAAAACGUCAUGGUAUUUGUACCAUUAGAAACUAUAUUUUAACAGUAUGUACAGUGGAUCUGAAGGAGUUUCAAAUUAUGUAUUUUAAAAAGAAACUUGUUUAAUUUUAUAAAAAAUGGUUAACCGGCUGUUUAUCAUGUUUUAGAUUGUUACACAUACUUGAUGUACAAUUGUAGCUAUAUAGAAAAUUUGCUAGUGUAAAUUUAUUUCAUUUGUAAUGUAAGUUUUAGAAAUAGGAUAGUUUUCGUAUUUUUCGUCCUGUCAGUUUUUAAUUGUCAAGA